AGAAUCCACAAGGGUAUGCAGAGGCAUAUACUCUCGUGUGUUUGUGUGGAUGCCUGGCAGAGAGAGAGAGCUGUCUUUGAAGAAAGAAUAUCCACUAUCAUUGUACCCUUCAAGAUUCCUUCAAUCUAAUUUCAAUUCCUUUCUCUUUCUCCCUUUUUACUUAGCUUAUUAAUCAACCACAAAACCCAACUCAUCCCCUCACUCUACUAUAUUAUAGUACCCCCCAAUCAUGAUACCUGCCUCUUCUUCUUCUCUCUCUAUAAAUCCUUCUGUGUCUCUACUUUUCUCAGCCUCUUCUACUUCCUCUGCCUCCCCUUCUUCUUCUUCUUCUUGCUGCUCUCUGUCUGUUUCUUUUACAGCUUUGAGCUUUUCUUCUUUUGGAACAAGACCACUUACCAUUUCUUGCAAUCCGGAUUGUAACAGGGUAAAACGAUUUCAUCUUUUUAAAGCUAAAGCCGAACCCAACGACAUCAAUAUGACUAUUACGGAGGUUAGAGAAGAGGAGGAGGAGGAAAAUCCUCCUCCUUUGCUUGAUUCUGAUACCAAUUCCAGGCCUCGCCGCAUUGCUCUUUUUGUUGAGCCGUCCCCAUUUGCAUAUGUGUCAGGAUAUAAAAACCGGUUCCAGAAUUUUAUCAAAUAUUUACGCGAAAUGGGAGAUGAGGUGAUGGUUGUGACAACACAUGAAGGUGUACCUCAGGAAUUUUAUGGAGCAAAGUUGAUUGGAUCUCGAAGCUUCCCCUGCCCCUGGUACCAGAAGGUGCCUCUUUCUUUGGCACUCAGUCCAAGAAUAAUUUCAGAAGUUGCACGGUUUAAGCCUGACAUAAUACAUGCAUCAUCGCCUGGGAUAAUGGUUUUUGGCGCUCUCAUUAUUGCAAAACUACUGUGUGUCCCCAUAGUCAUGUCUUAUCACACUCAUGUCCCUGUAUACAUCCCAAGGUAUACUUUUAGCUGGCUGGUUAAACCCAUGUGGUUGAUUAUAAAAUUUCUUCACCGAGCAGCUGAUCUUACUCUGGUGCCAUCAGCUGCUAUUGGGAGGGAUCUCCAAGCGGCUAGGGUAACAGCAGCUAAUAAGAUUCGCCUUUGGAAUAAGGGUGUUGACUCUGAAAGCUUCCACCCUCGUUUCCGCUCUCAGGAAAUGCGAUGGAGAUUAAGCAAUGGUGAACCUGAGAAACCAUUAAUAGUCCAUGUUGGCAGACUAGGAGUUGAGAAGAGUUUGGAUUUUCUUAAAAGUGUCAUGGAUAGACUUCCAGACGCAAGAAUUGCCUUCAUUGGAGAUGGGCCGUAUAGAGAGGAACUUGAAAAGAUGUUCUCUGGUAUGCCAGCUGUCUUUACUGGGAUGUUAGGAGGAGAAGAGCUCUCCCAGGCAUAUGCCAGUGGGGAUGUUUUCGUGAUGCCUUCAGAAUCUGAGACACUAGGUCUUGUUGUUUUGGAAGCCAUGUCUUCAGGGAUACCUGUGGUGGCAGCUCGUGCUGGGGGAAUCCCGGAUAUAAUUCCACCAGACCAGGAUGGCAAAACUGGCUUUCUCUUUGGUCCUGGAGACCUUGACGACUGCUUGGCGAAAUUACAGCCGUUGUUGAACAACCAUGAACUCAGAGAAACAAUUGGCAAAGCAGCACGCGAAGAAAUGGAGAAGUAUGAUUGGAGGGCAGCAACUAGAAAAAUACGAAAUGAACAAUACAAUGCUGCGAUUUGGUUCUGGCGCAAGAAGAGAGCACAGCUACUGAGACCUAUUCAAUGGCUGGUAAAGCGUUUAUUCCCAUCUCCACAAGUUAACUACAGGUGAUAUAUUCAUCUCAGAGGUUUCUUCUGCAAAAACUAUCCCAAAAUAUGGGAGUUUGUUGGUAGCUGUAAACUCGAUUCGGCUUUCAAUAGGAACCUUGAAGGUCUGUGGAUUAUUAAUUGACUGUGAUACAUCCAUUGUUAAUUUUGUUGUAAUAUUAUAGACCAUACAUGGUCGUGUUUGUGAUUAAACGAUUCGGAUAGUUUAGCUUAAGGUAAUGCUUUCUGGGAAAGAAAUCUGUAGCUUUAAGAACACAAUGGGUUUAUGAUAAGCUUUCACCUUGGUUUAAUGGUAAGAAUGUCUGCCUUUUAUUAUCAA